CCCAAACUCUGUGCUCGAUUCCUUGUGGCUCUGACAGUAGGAACUUCCAAGAACCAUACGAUUCCUCCUCGUAACUUAUGUCGUUCGACUUCUUCCGGAGGAUUGCGCUUACAGUCAUCAACGUACGCUGACGGGUGCGUUGCAUUCCUACUCCCUCUUGGCGAGUCCAACAACUGAAAUAGGACGUUGCGACAUAAAGGGUCCGUCAGACAUGUUGUCCCUGACAGGUUUGUGGCGUCGCUACAGUAAACGUUCGAGAUUUUCGACUGGGCCAUGGUGACGAACUAUGCAUUCAGCUGCAAUAGUAACUAAGAUCUGAUUGAAAAAGUCGAAAGCUUUUCAUCGUCACGUCUCGCAAUGAUUUCAAAUUCUAUACUGUGACCACGUCCAUCAGAUCCAACCUCGCGCUAUCUGUGUCAUUAUGGACCGCUCAGCGACAGCCAACGUAACAGAACUUGGCAGGAAAAAGAGACUUGCCUGCGAUAAUUGCCAUGGUUCAAAGGUCCGUUGUACCGGGGAACAAGACGGUUGCCAAAGGUGCCGAAAGGGCGGUAAACAAUGUCUCUACAGCGAAUCAAAUAUGGGUCGCACUAUAGGGGACAAGAAAAAGAGGGUUUCCAGAUCAAAGAUGUCCGGAACAAGCUCUCUGGAUACUUCAUCUUUCAACUCAACACCGUUAUAUGGAAGCUUCGAGCCCGAUGCUUUCAUGUUCGAAGAUCCCUGGAAUGUUCCAGGGAGUGCCGGUAUACUCGAUGACUGGACGUUCUCUGAUGACAUUCCCAGCUUUGAUCUCAACGACAGCUUGACUUUCGAUGCGAACGCACCACUGGCCUUAUAUGAGACCUCAUCGAGCUCCAACAGCUGUGUAGGAGCAAACGGCGGAAAGACCGAUACCAUGAUGUCCGAUAUUCGCUUUACACCUAUGCCGUUGACACCCCAACAAAGCUUAGCCUCUCUCUCCCCUUGUUCUCUUUCUACGCCGGCCUCUAGUAGAGUUGGAGAGGAUCCAUGCAGCUUUGAUACUCCUACAACAACACCUGAAGUUGGCUCUUGGAUUCAGAGGGUAGAGUCUCUGAGCAAUAAGUCCACCACGAAGGGUCCUCCUCUUGACGAAUUACUCCGACUAAGUCAAGCGCUACUUCCAAGCAUGAGCAACGUAUUAAAAUGUCAUAAUGUCUUCUCAAAUCCUAUAUCCACUCUACUACUCGUCAUUGUUUGUCUUUCACAGACGCUGACACUCUUCGAGCGAUCGUCACACGCAUCCGAGCAGGAUACUCAGACCAAGGAAAGGCCUAGCGUCUUACUGCAUCUCGGAGGUUUCCAAGUCGACUCAGAAGCACAGAAGAUGCUACAGACCCAUGUUAUGAAUAAAGAGCUGUCGAAGAUGAUGGAAAUUGUUGGUGAAGUGAACAAAGUGGUGCGGGACUUAGGGCUAGCGGAGGAUGAAGCUUUGUCAAACACACAUGAGUUGUUGCUGGAUGACAUCAGGGUACGGAUAGAGACUUUGGUGUGUAGCCUGAAGGAAGCCGGAGGUUAUUCGAAUUUAUGAAUACGAUUGGAAUCAUAUAUAUCUGCAGUACUGUGCUCUUUAACUUGAUUGUAAUAUAGACUCUAGGAUGGGACCCAACAAAAGUAUUGUUUACUUCAAUACGAAAGCAUUGGAAUGACACCUGUCCACGAUGCUUGAGGCUGGGCAUACACAUUAUAUAAUGUUCUAUGUAAAAGUACG